AUGUCUGAAAUGAAUGAGCUGUCGGAGCUCUAUGAAGAGAGCAAUGACCUGCAGAUGGAUGUGAUGCCUGGUGAGAGUGACCUUCCGCAUAUCAAGGUAGGUGGCGGAGCCCAGAGCUAUCCCAGAACCCCUCCCGCGCGGCCAGUGCCCAGCCACAGCUGGAGGAGGAAGGCCCCAUGGAGGAGGAGGCGGCCCAGCCCUGAGGAGCAGCCAGGCCAGAUCGCGGGCCCUGAAUUCGAGAGCGAGAGUGAGGGCGAGGGCGAGGAAUUCGAUGACUGGGAGGAUGACUAUGACUCUCCGGAAGAGGAGCCGCUCAGCGGUGAGGGCUACAGAGUAUCAGCGGCCCUUGAAGAAGCCACCAGGAUGUUUCUGAGAACCUCCAGAGCCAGAGAAGCAGCUCUGGAUGGCGGGUUUCAGACGCAUUCUGAGAAGACCCUGUUUGAUCAGUUGGCUUUUAUCAGAGAGUUUUCACUUAUGGUUGUCAAUCGUCUGACUGAAGAACUCGGCUGUGAUGAGAUCAUUGAUAGAGAGUAA